AUGUUUGGCGAAUACAUCAACAACACCGAGGACCCGAAAAAGUAUGAGCUGUGGGUUCCAAAGAUUAAAGCUUAUCGGGAGCGUUUGCAGGAGGGCGUGAAGCCGGAGUACAGUUUGCCGGACUACUCUUUGCCCAGUGAAGAGGAAUUGGAGAGGGGCAUUGACGCCAGGGCGUUGGCUGCAAAAUGCCUUACGGGUGAGGAAAUCGAGAUCACCUCUUCUUCAGCCACAGACUUGGUUCAGCGUAUGGCCACGGGCCAAUUGACCGCUGUAGAGGUUCUAAAGGCGUUUGCCAAAACGGCAACCGUGGCCCACCAAUUGACCAAUUGCGCCAUGGAGCUUUUCAUCGAUGAAGGCAUGAAAAGAGCCGAGGAGCUUGACGCCUAUUUUGCCGAGCACGGCGAGACCGUGGGACCUUUGCACGGGUUGCCUGUUUCCAUGAAAGAGCACUAUGCGUUCAAAGGCAAGAUUGCCCAUGCGGGAUACGUGGGCAAGUUGGAUCACGUUAGUGACAAGGACCUGGCUAUAGUGAGAGACUUGUACAACCUGGGAGCUGUUUUUUACGUCCGAACCACGGAACCGCAAAUGUUGAUGCACCUUUGUUCCAACAACAACAUCACUGGAAAGUGCAGAAACCCAUGCAACACGCUGUUGACCCCUGGAGGUUCUUCGUCUGGUGAGGGUGCGAUUGCAGCCAUGAACGGCAGUGCUUUUGGCAUUGGUUCCGAUAUUGGCGGUUCUAUUCGAGGUCCUGCUGCUUUCUGUGGAGUUUGGGGUUUGCGUCCCACAACGAAACGUAUUUCGUUGGCUGGUGUGGCUAACCCAUACGAUGACCAGUCUCCAGACGUUGUGUACCCUACUUUAGGACCAAUUGGCAGAAAUGCCGACGACCUUUCCUUGUGCAUGAAGGCAAUCAUUGACCAGAAUCCAUGGGAAAAAGACCCCUUGGUUUUGCCCAUUCCUUGGAAAAAUGUGCCUGAGCCCGAACCUAAAAAGCUCAAGAUCGCCGUUUGCUACGACGACGGGUUCGUCAGACCCACCCCGCCAGUGCUUAGAGCCCUCAAAACAGCCAAGGCCAAGUUUGAGGCAGCCGGCGUUGAGGUGGUUGAGUGGAAACCAUUGGACGUUCAGAAACUCGUCCACACCUGCUACGUUUCCUACAACUUUGACCAGAACUACGGCCAGAAAGCACGUCUUGCUCUUUCGGGCGAGCCUGUGGUGCAUUUGAGUCAAAAACAUCUCAGUUUUGGUCUUGGUGACGGUCCUGUUUCCGGGCUUGAGGUCCAGAGACUCGUGAACAUUAGAGACAAGUACAGAUGCAUCUACAUGGACAAGAUGAACGAGAUGGGCAUCGACUACAUUCUUACUCCGGCUUACGUUUCCGUGGCUGCCAAACCUGAAACUAUCACUUACUGGGGCUACACUUGUUUGUGGAACAUUUUGGAUUUCCCCAAUGUGUCUUUUCCUUCAGGCCUCAGCGUUCUGCUGGAAGACAGGGUCGACAAGUCGUUCAAGCCAAGAAACGAAGUCGAGGAGUACGAAUAUAGUCUUUACACUGGUCCUGACGACUUUGUCAAUGCUCCAAUUGGCUUGCAGUUGACUGGAAGACGCUAUGCCGAUGAAAGCGUCAUCCAGGCUGCCAAGGUGUUGGCUGAAGUGAUGCAAGACGAGCUGACGUUGACGCAACGUGCCGUGCUAUGA